AUGGAGGUGAUCAGGGAUCUAUGGGGACUCGACAAUCCGGACGAUGCGAGCACCUAUCUGACGAACCGUGCAGGCAGUCCAAUCUGCUUACAAAACUUCUUCAACAAUGAGUUCUGUGAUCAUGAAGAAUCUCAUAAUUGGAUAGAAUCGUUCAACCCCCGGUCUGGGGAGCUUCUGGCCCAUGUACCUUCCAGUACCGCCGGGGAUGUGGACCGAGGCGUUGCCGCAGCCGCUCGAGCGUUCCCGUACUGGUCCCAAACGUCUAGACAGGAACGCUCAGAUAUCUUAAUGCGCAUUGCUUCUACUAUCAGUGAUAAAAAGGAAAUGUUUGCAGUGUGGGAAAGUAUAGACCAAGGGAAAAGUCUAGCCAGAGCUAGGAUCGAAGUGGAUCGUGCAAUUUCCAAUUUCCGAUAUUUUGCGACAUACAUCUUGCACGAAGAAGGCUCUGUUCGUUUUGUCGAUGGACAACCGAGCACCAUGACUUACGAACAUCGGUCACCCGUCGGUGUAUUCGCAAUCAUCUCGCCAUGGAAUAUGCCUCUUUAUCUUUUGACGUGGAAGAUUGCACCCUGUAUCGCUUUUGGAUGCACAGGUGUGGCAAAGCCCAGCGAGGUCACCAGCAUUACAGCUUUUUUACUUGCAGAGGUAUUCAAACAAGCAGAGUUACCACCGGGUGUUAUGAACAUCGUAUUCGGUGCUGGUGCCGAGGCAGGUUCAGCGCUGGUUAAGUCACCCGGAGUCCGAGGUGUCACCUUUACUGGUGGAACAAGUACGGGAAAUUGUAUUCGGCAGGACACAGUGGCUGAUAUCGGAAAACAUGUCUCGUUGGAACUCGGUGGGAAGAACCCAACGCUGGUUUUCAAUGACGUCGAUAUCGAGGAAGCGGUGCGCGUGGCUGCAUCAGCUGCAUUUGAGAACAGCGGCCAGAUAUGUCUCUGUGGUUCGCGCAUAUACAUACAUCGUCAGAUCUUCGAUGUGUUUGAGUCGGCUUUUGUGGAAUAUGUGGAGUGCAAUUAUCGAGUCAGGGACACAAUUGGCCCGGUCGUUUCGAAUGAGCAUUAUACCAAGGUCAGGUCAUAUCUCCAACAGGCUGAGGAAGAGAAUGCAACAUUCCUCACAGGAAGGGUCCCCACAGAAAAGCCUCAGGGAGGUUAUUGGAUAACUCCGACCGUUCUUAGCGACGUUCAUCCGCAAAGCCGGAUAAUGCGGGAAGAGAUCUUCGGACCUGUCGUGACUCUCUGCCCAUUUGACACCGAAGCAGAGGCCAUUUUGCUGGCAAAUGACAAUUCGAAUGGACUGGCCAGUGUGCUCCUCACCAAGGAUCUUGCUCGGAUGCGUCGAGUGGGAGAACGGAUCGAUGCCGGCUUGGUGUGGGUUAACUGCUGGCUGGUGAGAGAAUUGGGCACGGCCUUUGGGGGUAUGAAGUCUUCCGGUAUUGGCAGAGAGGGAGGCGCACAUAGUAGGGAUGUCUUCACCAAUUUGCGCACCAUCCAUGUGCGCUAG